CUCUCUCUCUCUUAUCUGAUGCGUUUCGGUGGGCGAAACCCUUGGCAUCGACCGGAGAAGCCCCCACUCACAUUAUCCUCUCUGCAGCAGGGUACGAAGGAGACGAGAUACCUCUUUCUCUCUGGCUGUGAAGUAGGCAAAUGGAAGGGAUGGAGAAAUGGAUGAAUCAACUGCAACAAUGGCUAUAUCAAGUGGAGCACUGGCUUGAUCAGACUCCAGCUUCACAGUUGUAUGUUGCUAUUGGUGUUCUAUUUCUAACAUCUGUUAUUCUCUUGUUAUUUGGCUUGUUCAGGAGAACGAAAUCCAAUACCAUUAUGCUUGCUGGUCUGAGUGGUAGUGGAAAAACUAUUCUGUUUUACCAGCUUCGAGAUGGCUCUUCCCAUCAAGGUACUGUUACAUCAAUGGAGCCAAACGAGAGCAGUUUCGUGCUACAUUCUGAGUCCUCUAAGAAGGGAAAAAUAAAGCCUGUCCAUGUAGUUGAUGUUCCUGGGCAUUCACGACUUCGACCCAAGCUUGAUGAAUACUUGCCUCAAACUGCUGGCCUUGUUUUUGUCGUGGAUGCCGUGGAGUUUUUACCGAAUUGCCGUGCAGCUGCAGAGUACCUUUAUGAUAUCUUGACCAAGGCAAGCAUUGUUAAGAAGAAAAUCCCUGUACUCAUACUAUGCAACAAGACAGACAAAGUGACGGCACAUACCAAGGAAUUCAUCAGGAAACAACUUGAAAAGGAAAUAGACAAGCUACGGACAUCAAGAACUGCUAUUUCUGAUGCUGACAUUGCUAAUGAAUUUACACUUGGUGUGACCGGAGAGGCCUUCACAUUCUCCCAUUGUCAUAACAAGGUGGUAAUUGCAGAAGCUUCAGGGCUAACAGGUGAUAUAGUGCAAGUUGAGCAGUUCAUUCGGGAACAUGUCAAGCCAUAGAAGCUAAUUUGUAAGGCUUAUGAAUUUAUAUGCUCUCU